GACGUUUUCCUCAGGGUUCCUGAUCAAGAAGGGUGAGCGACCCGCAGCUCGGCUCUUGGCUGCCUAGUCCGAAAUACCAGCGGCGCGGGGUGGCUCCCUCGCGGGCCGGGGAGCGCGGCGGACAGUCUGCCGCUCACCCCACUAGACCCUCCAAACCCGCGGCUCCGAGCGGCAGACCCAAGCUGCGGCGCCCAAGGUGCGUCGGGUGAGAGCCUCUGCGCUGCGAUUCCAUUGGCUGCGUAGCCUCGGAGCUGGGAGCUCUGAUUGGCUGAGGAUGUGAGGCGACACAUUCCGGAAAGGGGACGAGCAGCCAACAUGGCGGCGGAACGCGGUGCCGGGCAGCAGCAGUCGCAGGAGAUGAUGGAGGUUGACAGGCGGGUCGAAUCUGAAGAGUCGGGCGAUGAAGAGGGGAAGAAACACAGCAGAGGCCUCGUGGCAGACCUCAGUGAGCAGAGCCUGAAGGAUGGAGAGGAACGGGACAGGGACAACCGGGAAGAAGAACAUGAGCUGCCUGUGGAUAUGGAGACCAUUAACCUGGAUGGAGACGCAGAGGAUGUUGACCUAAAUCAUUACAGAAUAGGAAAAAUUGAAGGAUUUGAGGUGCUGAAGAAAGUGAAGACUCUGUGCCUCCGUCAAAAUCUAAUCAAAUGCAUUGAGAACCUGGAGGGGUUACAGAGCCUUAGAGAGCUGGAUCUUUACGACAACCAGAUCAAGAAGAUGGAGAAUCUGGAGGCACUGACAGAGUUGGAGGUUCUAGAUAUUUCUUUUAAUCUGCUGAGAAACAUCGAAGGGAUUGACAAGUUGACACGACUUAAAAAGCUCUUUUUGGUCAACAAUAAAAUCAAUAAAAUUGAGAACAUAAGCAACUUAGACCAGCUACAGAUGCUGGAGCUGGGAUCCAAUCGGAUCCGGGUAAUUGAAAACAUCGACACAUUAACCAAUCUGGACAGUUUGUUUCUGGGGAAAAACAAAAUCACUAAACUUCAGAACCUGGAUGCCCUGACCAACUUGACCGUCCUCAGUAUGCAGAGCAACCGGCUGACCAAGAUCGAGGGCCUGCAGAGCCUGGUGAACCUGCGCGAGCUGUACCUCAGCCACAAUGGCAUCGAGCUCAUCGAGGGCCUGGAGAACAACAAUAAGCUCACGAUGUUGGACAUUGCCUCAAAUAGAAUCAAAAAGAUUGAAAACGUCAGCCAUCUAACGGAGCUGCAGGAGUUCUGGAUGAAUGACAAUCUCAUCGAGAGCUGGAGCGACCUGGACGAGCUGAAGGGGGCCAGGCGCCUGGAGACCGUCUACCUGGAGCGCAACCCCCUGCAGCGCGACCCACAGUACAGGCGCAAGGUGAUGCUGGCCCUCCCCACCGUGCGGCAGAUCGACGCCACCUUCGUCAGGUUCUGACCCUCCCGCUCCUCCAGGGGACUUCCCAGCCACAGUUUUUUAAUCCACUUCUUGCUCCUGAAAGCGUCACUAUCUCAACAGUCACAAACCCAACGGCAAUAAAAAGGCACCGAGUGGUAACUAGCGUAUGAUGCCCUCACGUUCUUGAGAGGCCGUGGCGACUGGUGUCCCCAGGUAGCUGACGGCCGGUGUGGCCGCCGGGAGGAGGGAAGGCCUGCCACGCUACGCGCACUGGUGGCUGAGAGGGGUGCUGCCCUCCGGUCCUGCUUUGCAGGAUCGAAUCUGGCCUGUGUCAGCUGAGAGUUUUUUAAUCUUUUAGACCAGUCAAUGCCAAUUUUGAAGAAAGUAUGUAUCUGUUUAUAAAAACAAGCCUCGGGUGCCGGGCGCUGCCCUUUGUGUGCUGUGUUGCAAGGCGCUGUCUGUCCCCUGGGUGUGGACGCUGCCCUCGUUCAAGGAGAGAAACGAGGUGUAGCCAGGAAGGGCCCCCGUCACCCAGCUCUUGUGCUGCUGGUGGAGCUUGAGCCCACGGGAGGCUCUCUCUAAAAGCAUGCUGUAGCUGCGCCUCCUGCCUCUCACCCUGUCAUUUUUUGGCCAUUUUUAUGAAAUUCCUAUGAGGUCUGAGUUCAAUGCCACGAGGGCAGCGUCCUCUCCUGCCGAGUGGGGUUGAGCUGUGGGGUCACUGCAGUCUCUUCUGGCCCCAGGGUCCUGAAGCCGAACUGUCCAGGGGUCGCUGCUCGCCACACGUGGUGUCUCAAGUUCAAAUUCAAAUUAGGUUCAGUUCCUCGGUUGCACUUGCCCCAUUUCAAGCACUCCAUAGCCACGUCGGGCUUGUGGCAGCCCCACUGGAGAGAAUGUUUCCAUCGUCACGGAAGGUUCUGUGGGCAGUGUGCUCUGGACUUGAGUUCAGUGUCUUAAAAGAGUUAAAGGUGAUGGUUCAAAAUUUAGAGGAAAAGAGAAGUUACAUUUUUGUUGCAAGAGAACAGGAUGCGCCUGUGGGGCUGCAGCUUUAGCUCUCAGCUCACGGCAACAAGGAUGCAUGGUCUUGGGGGGCUCACGGCCGGGAGCCACAGCCUUUGUAAUGUGUGUCCUGAAGCGCAGGGGCAUGUCCAUCCUGGUUCUGACUUUCACCAAAAUAAACGUCGUGACCUGAG